UCGCCUACUUCCGAACGUCGGGCCAAAUCCUGGCGACUUGUCCGAGCGAGCGCGGAUUGUGGUUGCGUCGUCGCUCAGCGUGUCCACAAUUGUAGCGCUCCGAAGCCCUUUCCCGAUGGAGCUCAGUGAAUGACAAGCAUCGAUCGCAUCAAAUCCUGCUCAGACAGAGAGAAAUCCCCGUUUCGAUCGAGAGCUUGGAGUCCCUCCUGAAUCUCGAUACACGUCCAUGGUCGAAUUCCUCGCUCCAUGGAACCCGAUGACGAAAUACCCACUUCGUCGAUUCUCGACCCUCUUCAGUUCAGCCCCCGAAACGCCCCUCCCCAUCAGCCCCGGCCCCCGCCGGGACCCGAUUCCGGUGCCCCACCGGACGUUCCCGGAACCCAGAGGGCGUGACCUCGACUUCGUCAACGUCGCGCACAGCCACCUCGUGCACUCCGACUGGGACAAGCUCGAGCCGCUGAGCGCCGGGCUGACUCCUCUCCGGACGAUGCACGUCCUGCUCAGGAUCCGCAAGGACCCCGUCCUGUCGCUCGAGUUCUUCGACUGGGUCCAGCUCCGGAGCCCGGGCGCCCACACCCUCGAGACCCACUCCGUCGCGCUCCACGCCCUCACCAAGAACCGGAAAUUCAAGUCCGCGGAGUCCAUCGUUCGGGCGCUCGCGGCGGCCGGCCCGGUCGACCUCGCGCGCCAGCUGUUCGACGCGGUGCUCCGCUCGUACCGGGCGUGCGACUCCUCGCCUCGGGUUUUCGACUCGCUGUUCAAGACGUUCGCGCAUUUGAAGAAGUUCCGGGACGCCACGGAGACUUUUCGCAUGAUGAGGGAGUACGGGUUCCUGCCCACGGUGGAGUCCUGCAACGCUUACCUGAGCGCACUGCUCAGCAUGAACAGGGUCGAUGUGGUUUUCUCGUUCUAUCGGGAGAUGCGGCGCUGCAGGAUCUCUCCGAAUGUGUUCACCCUCAACAUGGUCGUGUCUGCUUUCUGCAAGGCGGGAGAGCUCGAGAAGGCGGUUGAUUUGUUUCGCGAGAUGGAGAGUAAGGGCUGUUCUCCUACGCCGGCGUCUUACAACACGUUGAUCGCGGGGCAUUGCAGUAAGGGCCUUCUCAGCUCGGCCGUGGAGCUUAAAGAUAGGAUGGAGAAGGACGGUGUUCAUCCUAACGUGAUCACUUUCAAUGCCCUUAUCAGUGGCUUUUGCAAGGAAGGGAAGUUGCACGAAGCGAACAAGAUUUUUAGCGAGAUGAAAGCUUCGAAUGUGGCUCCCAAUACUGUGACUUACAAUACUCUGAUACACGGAUAUAGCGAAGCGGGCAACAGCGAAAUGGGAGGGAGGCUUUUUGAAGAAAUGUCGAAGUACGAAGUGAGGGCCGAUAUAUUGACAUAUAACGCAUUGAUAUUGGGACUCUGCAAGAAUGGUAAGACAAAGAAAGCUGCUUAUCUAGUUAAAGAUCUUGAUAGCAAGGGUUUAGUUCCGAACAAUUCGACCUUUUCGGCUCUCAUCAGAGGGCAGUGUGUCAGGAAUAACCCCGACGGUGCAUUUCAGCUGUAUAAAAGCAUGAUCAGGAGCGGGCGUCAUCCAAACGGUGAAACUCUCACUAUGUUGAUGUGUGCUUUUGCGAAAUGUGAUGAUCUCGAUGGAGCAGUCCAGGUCCUCACUGAAAUGGUUGAUAGGUCGAUGCUUCCUGAUUCAGAUAUGUUGUCUGAGGUUUGCCAUGAACUUUGCCAUUGCGGGAAAGAUCAGUUGGCAAUGAAACUGUGCAGUGAGUUGGAAGCUAGAACUCUAAUUCCAGUAGGUUUUGAUAAAGAGCUUAUCUUUAGAACUGAGUGAUGGAAACUUGAUAGCAGCAGUUAACAUAUGACGAUUCUUUUGAGUGGUUCUUGAAAUGUAAAUUCUUUCGAUUCUUUUU